AUGUCAACUGUUUUACCUAUUUUAAUACCAAAAACCAAAAACAUUUUGUUACUUAAAGAUGAUAUUGGAAAACCAAAACCUAAUACAAGGACACUUCCAAAUGCUAAUUUUACAUAUGGAAUAUAAAUUAAACGUGAUCCUCUUUAAAUUUAAUUUGCUACCUAAGAAUCUGCCAAUGAAAUCUAAUCAUCUAUAAGAAGAAAUCAUAGAAUUUAAAACUCGAAUAAAUCACUAAUCACUCAUGGAAUCAAAAAUAAGUAUAAACAACCACUCUUAUUAUCCAUAGACCCUAAACUCCAUUAGAUAAAGUAUUAUAAUAUUAAUAUGCUUCCCAGGCAAAAGAACAAAUUGAAAAAAUAUACUUAUAAAGAAUGAAAACAGAACCUAAAAAACAGAGCUUUAAUUAAAACAGAU